UGUUGCUUGCAAGCUUGCAGACACUUCCCUCUUUUGCAGACUGUGAGUGCAUCCUCACCUCCUAUGCCCCAGGCCCACGUGAGGCAAGAAAAUGAGACACUGAAUGAGGAGAAUCUGCAGCCAAAUGAACAACCCCAAGAGGAUGAGUUUGACAUACAAAAAGAUUUCACCAUCCAGGUCCGUGUCACUGGGCGGACUGGUGACUGUGAGAAGGACUUCCUAAAGGAGGUCGCUGAGCACCUUUGGAAGCAUGAGAUCCACCUCAAGGUGGAGGAUUACCGAGAGGACUCUGGUCACUUCCUGCUGGUCUUCUGCCCAGUGGCUUCCCGGGUGGGCACCGACAUGCAGAAUGCUCUGGAAGACCUCCAAGGUGAGCCCAAGGCCGUCUUGGUGAUGCUGCAUCACAGACCGAAAGAAUACGACCACUUUCUGGACACCAAGCUGCAGGCACAACAUCCGGCCGUGGUGCACACAGUUCACGCUCGGUAUACACUCGAAGAUGGCCUCUACAACUGCCAGGUGAACGAGGAGGCCAUGGCCGCUGUGGCCGAAGUCCUCAAGGUCCAUUUCAAAGAGGAACAAGAGAAGCCUCCCACCCCUGACCACCUCAAAGAGGAACAAGAGAAGCCUCCCACCCCUGACCACCUCAAAGAGGAACAAGAGAAGCCUCCCACCCCUGACCCCGGGGAUCAGAUGUGCCCCAAUAGCGCCCAGGAGCCUCAUGACUGAGAGAAAGGCAGAAGGAAAGGAUAAGGAUGGUGAUAUUCAUAUUAACAUUGUUACUGCACUACGCUCUCUCCAUGGUUUCCGUGUCUUCAAACAGCUAUAUCUAUUUAAGUGUCUAUAUCUCGCUUUCUAGCUAUGCAAUAAAAAGUGGAAAUAGG